UUCAACACUAAUUUGCGCGUGCACGAUCUAAAAAUAGACCAUGAUGCAGUAAUGCAUGUGAUCGAUCGCGAACGAAUGAAUACUUUUACUAGUUUUCCUUUCGGCAGAAGAACUUUGCUCUCAAGGAAGUAAAGAUAAUCCAUAAACACGGCUCUUUACGCGGUAGGCGUUGCUGUCGACAAGAUGGCAGCCAAAGGAGGGGCGAAGGGGCCUGAACCUGCGGCAUCAGAUGGAGCGAUAACCUUCGAGGAUUUGGGGAUUCCGACAGGGACUGGCGGAAUGGUUCGUACGCCGGUGGGACAGCGGAGAUCCCUGAAAGACGUCACAACCUUAGAAUGGAUCUUUCUCGUUCUCUCAACACUGAGCAUCCUGGUGGUCUCCGCGCUCACCAUCUUUCGCCUCGUAGAACUGAUCAGAGACUCGAAGUCGAACGUAGCCCAAACAACACAGACACCAACACCAUCAGCAUCGGCAUCAUCAGAAGCAAGCGAUAAUGAAACUGAUACCGUGUUUGCAAUCUUACUGCUCUUUAAUGCUGUUUACAUCUUAUUUUAUGUUCUAAAUGGCGUGUUUGGAGAAAGAGCCAAUGAGUUGCUCAUAUUUGUGGCUGGAAUUUGCAUUGUCCUGGUCUAUUGUAUCAUCAACUACUUACAACAAGGAUCAACAUCUCAUGCAGUUAAACUGGCCCGCUUGAUCCUGAUCAGUGCGGCAGGUCCGGUGCUGGGCAUAAUGGCUCUCUACAUCGCGUACAGAUAUUACGACUCCCGAAAUCUCAUCUUUAGAACCGUCGGAGCAAACAUUGAAUUACAAGAUAUGUGCCAGUACAUGUUUCUUUGUGAAUCACUACUAAAGUUUGAUUUUCAGCUUGAGGUCAGCAUAGUGAUUCUCGUACUGGACGACCUAUCUUCCAUCUCAUUGUUUGAAACGCUCAUCAUAUGUUUUGGUGUGACCUACGGCAUGAUAUGGGCCGUAGUCGGAUUUUUAUCGAUGAGAUACGAGAACAAGCAUCUCACAUGGAUAUUUUUCGCCACAAGCGUUUUUGAGCCAGCAUAUAUCAUCUUCAAAAUAGUCAGGGUGGCCCAGGACUUUGACCCUCAUAACUCCAGCAUGCAGCUUCUUAACUAUGCCAUCAUAGUCUGUUCCGUCCUUGGUCUUCUUGUCAGAGUGGCCGUCGUCCUGUGCAUGUCCAAGGUGUAUUCGAACUUUGGAAAGGGACUCAAGGAGAAAGCAUUUGGUGAUGAAGGUGAUGGCGAUACGCAACCAUUCCGUUCUUCAUGAUCUCUCAAACGUGAGAGAGAGCCUGCCCGUGCCUUGAACCUGUGACCUACAGGAACUAUUGGUCCAUCCAUUAAUCCUUGGAAAUGAGAGAAGUGUUUACUCAACAGGUUGAUAACCUGGGUCCAUUUUCACAAAGCCCCUUUUUCAAUGACAAAUGACGAAAAUCAGUGCCAAAUCCGCUGAUAACCAAUCAGAAGCAAGGAUUUCACCAUCUUGUAACAAAAACUGUCAUUUGUCACUGAUGGCAAGUUUUGUGAAACAGGGCCCGGAUCUCUUGGGUACAGAGCCUUCUUUUAUCA